AUGAGUGAUACCGAAAAUCUCGAUAAACCUCUUUUGGAAAGAUCGACGCGAAGGAAAGACAGAAAAGGACUUUACCAAAAACCCAGAGUGAGGUGUUUAUGGGGCAGCGGAUUCAUACUGUUUUGGAUCCUUCUUUUCCUAGCCGUGGUGGUGCCCCUAUUCCAUCGCGUUCCAAGUCCCAAGACUCUCGAGGAUGCAUCCAAGGGUGUCUUCAUUGCCGAACGGGCAAUGGACAAUCUAUACAAUCUGGCCAAAAUCGGGCCCAAAGUAGUUGGUAGCGACAACAACGAGAACAAGACUGUCAAUUUUCUGCUUGGCGAAAUAGCUCUGAUUCAGGAAAAGGUCCUUGAUGAAUAUUUCGACAUUGAAGUCGAUUUACAGCAGGUCUCAGGCUCCUACAUUCACUGGACCAUGGUCAAUCAGUACCAGGGAGUGCAGAACAUAGUCAUAAGACUCAGUCCGAAGAACUGCACCAGCAAGACUUACCUCCUGGUCAACAGCCACUUUGAUUCCAAGCCGACGAGUCCCUCUGCCGGCGAUGCAGGCCAAAUGGUGGUCAUAAUCCUGGAGGUAUUGCGAAUAAUGUCCACCACCAGGCAAACAUUUACGCAUCCCAUCAUCUUUCUGCUGAAUGGAGCCGAGGAGAACCCACUUCAGGCUUCGCAUGGAUUCAUCACCCAACACAAGUGGGCUCCAUUCUGCAAAGUUUUCCUGAAUCUGGAGGGAGGUGCUGGAGGUGGUCGUGAGUUGCUCUUCCAGACAGGACCCAACCAUCCCUGGCUGGUAGAAUACUACAAGAUGCAUGCAAAGCACCCCUUUGCUACCACAGUGGGUGAAGAGAUCUUUCAGACGGGUUCCAUGCCCUCCGAUACGGACUUUGGCAUUCUGAUUAAAUAUGGAAAUCUGAUUGGUCUGGACAUGGCACAGAGCAUCAAUGGUUAUACGUAUCACACAAAGUACGAUACCUACAAGAUUAUUCCCUCCGAUUCUGUUCAAAGUAUGGGUGAAAAUGUGCUUAGUUUGGUUCAAGCAUUAUCCAAUGCCACCGAACUGCACAACACUGAGGCCUUAGCCAAGGGACCUUCGGUAUUCUUCGAUGUUAUGGGACUUUUCUUCGUUAGCUACUCAAACAGCAGCGGCAUAAUUCUUAAUUAUUCAGUUGGCAUAGUUACCAUUAUCCUGAUUAUUACAUCCCUGUGUCGCAUGGCUGGUGUAUCCCGAUCGACAGUCCAUAAUAUUUUAGGCAGAUUCCUUCUGAUUCUAGUAACUCAAAGCGUGGCCUUUGUGCUUGGCGUGACACUGCCCAUAUUAAUGGCGAAUUACUUUGAUAAAUUCGGCCUGAGCCUUACCUACUUCACCACCCGGGAGCUGUUGUUCGGCCUAUAUGUGUGCUCUAGCUUGCUUGGUUUGCUCCUGCCCUCCUAUGUGUUUCUGAAACUGCCUCGGAAUCGAAAGAUAUCCUUUGGUCAACAACUUCAAAUGAUUCUUCAUGCUCACGCCAUAGUCUUGGCUAUCCUGGUAAUCGGACUGACUCUAUAUGGUCUGCGAAGCACCUACGUGGUGACCUGGACUCUUAUUUUUCACGUUCUUGCUCUGGCCGUUAACCUAAUGACCUCUUUCCAUGAUCGUGAUAUAUCCUGGACUGGGGCGGUGAUAAGCUUCCAGGUCAUCUCGUUUUUGUACAACAAUUACCUGCUGUACACUCUUGUGAGGGCAUUGAUUGCUAUGAUGGGACGCUUUGGCAGAUCCACCAACCCGGACUUGAUCAUGGCUGCCAUGAAUGCCUUGGGAACUGUUCUGGCCACGGGAUUCUUGGUUCCCCUUGUGAAUAUAUUCCGACGACCUGGUGUCAUGGUAAUCACCCUUUCGGCAGUCAUUGGUCUUAGCAUUUGGACAGCCACCUGUACCCACCUUGGAUUCCCCUAUCGUCCGCAGACCAAUGUUGAGCGAGUGCCUUACCUGCAUGUUCGUCGAACCUUCUAUGAGUACGAUGGCACAGUGAGCAAGGACGACUCCGGCUAUUUGUUCAACUUCCAGGACCGUCGUGGACCUGCUCCCUUGGAGGGCACCAGCGUGAACCUCACUGGAUUGGUGGGCAUUGCUGCUCAGUGUGAGGAGCACAUGAUGUGCGAAGUACCCCUCUAUGAUCAUCGAUGGGUGAAGAAUCGAAUGAAUGCCAUGUGGCUGCCUCGUAAGGAACUUAUCGAUCCUCCACUUGUGCCCAAGGUGCAGCUUAUUAGCAAAAUCGUUUUGGCGGACAAGAUAACCGUGAGGUUCAAGUUCACUAUUAAUGUGACGGAUCACACGAGUCUGUUCAUCCAACCCUUCGAGUAUGUGAAUAUUACCAAUUGGUCCUUCCCGCUCGCCUAUAUUGGACAACAAACUACAUACCAUGUGUAUUUCUCGCACGGCAAGGACAGUACACCAUUAUCCUUUUUCAUCGAACUCUCGAAAACGAAUGGAGACUUCAACGUACCCCUGUUCCAGUUGGGUGUCUGUGGACACUUUAUUGGCGACAAGGGCGAUGAGCUGAGUCAGGAGUUCGCCAAGUCCUUUCCGGACUAUGCCGUACUGAUCGAGUGGCCAACUUCAUAUCAACGAUUCAUUUUCUAA